AUGGAGGUGACCACCAUGUCCCCAUCUCCUGCCUCACCCACUGAAGGAGAUGAUCUGUGUGAGACAGAUGUCAGCAGCGUGGCCAUACACAGUGUGACCCUGCUCAUCUGCCUCUGUGGGCUGGCUGGGAACGGGGCUGUCAUCGGCCUCCUCAGCCUGAAUAUCGGGAACAAGGGUAUCUUUAACCUGGCUCUUGUCGACUUCCUCUUCCUCCUCUUUGCGGUCCCCUCUGCCCUCCUCAUCCUGGUGGAGGACGUGUCCUGCUCUCCUGUCUUGCCCUUGAUGUACAUGAACUUCGUUUUCCAGCUCUCAGUUUUCUCCUACUACUGGACACUGUACCGGGUGACGUUGGGCAACAACGUGCGAUAUAUGCGGAACUUCUCCAAGCUCUGCUGCCGCUGUGACCCUCCUCUGCGCCUGAGGUGGGUGCUGAUUAAUGUCCGAUACUGGGCCUUCUUUGCUGUCUUCACUGUCAUGCCCUCGGUGACAUUCCUGUGCCCAUCAAACCAGCAGGAGCACUGCCGGGCAGCUCUCAUCUCCGUGUACACCCUCAUGCUGCUCCUCUUUGUUGUACCCAUGCUCGUUUCAAGCACAGGUGAUUUCAUUCAGGCCAAGUGGGGCUCCCAGCAGCAGCAGCCCGAGAAGCGCGACAUCGUUAUCUUCGUCACUGGGCUCUUGGCUCUCAUCCUCAGCCUCUGGAAUUUCCUGCAGGAGUUCGGUUACAUCGUUGUGCCCUCCCAGGUUGUUUUCCUGCUCGCCUGCAUCCACAGCAGCAUCAAACCCUUCAUCUACUUCUUGGCAGGGAGGUGCUGGAGGCCCUGCUCCAUAAAGUCCCUCCGGCUCUCCCUCCAGAGGGUCUUUGAGGGGCAGAAAAUAAAAACUGCACGCAAAAAUGAUGCCACCAGGGACACUGGGGUGUGAGUCUGUUGAAUCCUCCCACUGCUCUGCUGAGUGACCCCAGGAGAGUGACUGAGGGAUUCCUUGGGUCACCUUAUUAAUCAAUACCCACAGCAUCACCCUCCCCGUGGUGGUGUAACCCUGCAGGAGAAGGGAGCAGGGGCAUUGCCUUGGGUGAUUUUUGUGGGAUGCUCUGCAGGGAGCACAUUGCAGCAUGGCUUUCCUGCUCCCUCCUGGAUCCACAUGGCUCCAAGCAGUGCAGCUGGGCUCAGUGCUGUUCCCCAGCUCUAUUCCCCAUGCAAUGACCCUCAUGGCCUCAGCCCCAGGGAAUGAACUCCAUCUCCUUUGGCUCAGCAGAUGGGUUCCAUGGUGUUUUCAGGGAGCUCUUGCCUGCAAAGAAUGGGACACCUUAAUCCCUGGGGACACACCCAGCACGGGGUG